AUGGCACCUGUUUCAUUGCCUCCUGGGUUUAGGUUCCACCCCACAGAUGAAGAACUUGUUGCUUAUUACCUCAAAAGUAAGAUAAAUGGCCGUAAGAUUGAGUUGGAGAUCAUCCCUGAAGUUGAUCUCUACAAGUGUGAACCAUGGGACUUGCCAGGGAAGUCAUUGUUACCGGGAAAAGAUUUGGAGUGGUAUUUCUUUAGCCCUCGAGAUAGGAAGUACCCAAAUGGAUCAAGAACAAACCGUGCAACAAAAUCUGGAUAUUGGAAAGCCACAGGGAAAGAUCGUAAUGUUAACUCCCAGACUCGUGCUGUUGGAAUGAAGAAAACCCUAGUUUACUAUCGAGGCAGGGCCCCACAUGGAUCUAGAACAGGUUGGGUUAUGCAUGAGUACCGUCUUGAUGAAAGAGAAUGUGAAACUGCUUCAGGCUUGCAGGAUGCAUAUGCUCUUUGCCGUGUGUUCAAGAAGAGCACAGUGAUUCCCCCAAAAGUUGGAGAGCAAUAUGUUAAUGUCACCACCAGCCAUGCAAAUCAGAUUACAAGUGACCAAUCAUCAAGCAUUGAGCUAUACUCUGAAGGAAGAGGUGAAGUUUUAGAGAGUUCAAAUUAUUUGAUGCCAUGGGAUACAUGUUCAACUCAAAACAUGAAUAAUGGGACUUCUGUUAAUAUCAAUGGUGGGACAAGGGAUAAUGGGUUGUGGUCACAUUUCUUAUCUGAAGACUUACUCAAUCUUCCAACCUCUUCUUCAUUUCCCAAUUAUGGAGCCAUACCUUACCCUCCAUCCAAGGUUGAUAUAGCACUAGAGUGUGCAAGGAUGCAGCAUAGGUUUUCCAUGCCUCCAUUGGAGGUGGAGGACUUUCCUCAAGUUGGUAUUUCUCAUGAGCUGAAAAUGACACAAGCCUCGGGUUCCAUGUGUGGAAGCAGAAAUGAAACCGAUAUCCUACAGGAAAUUCUUUCAGUUGCUCAAGCUUCCCAGGAAUUGAUAAAUCAAUCCAAUUAUUCACAGACAUUAAUGGGUGGAAAUGAAAAUUAUGCUCCUCAUGAAAAUGAUUUUACUUUUAUGGUUGGCACUGAUUACAAUAAUGUAAAUUAUGAUAUGAACUCCAUGAGAUAUGUUGACAAAGCAUGGGAAGAUCCAAACACAAGAUCCAUAGAGAUUGGGGAUCUUGGUGAUGAAUUCAAGUCAGAGAGGAUGGUUGAGAAUUUAAGAUGGGUUGGAAUGUCAAGCAAAGAUUUAGGAAAGGGCUUUAUGGAAGAGCAUAAGAUUGUUCCAAUCGAGGAGAUUUCAAGUUUCCAAACAAACAGGGAAGAGAAUGAGGUGCAAGAAUCUGAGCAACACAAUAGCAACAAAGAACUCAAUGAUACUGACAUUGACGAUUUCUCAUUGGGGUUCAUCAAUGAUGAUGACCCCAAUGAGAACUUUAUAGAUGAUGGUAACAUUGACUAUUCAAAUUCUACAAGCUUUGAGGUUGUUGAGGAAACAAAAGUAAGUCAUGGAAUGUUUGUUUCAACUCGUCAAGUAGCCGAGACAUUCUUUCACCAAAUUGUUCCUUCACAAACCAUCAAAGUUCAACUCAAUCCUAUAAUGGCCACCAAUCAAUCUAUAGAGAAUGCAGAGACACUGAUUAUUAUGAAGAACAAAGGGUACUCUUUCCUUAACAAGUUUAAGGCCUGUGUGAUGGGGAAGCUAGUAAAGCCAUCAAACACUAUAGCAAGUGCCCUUGUAUUUAUCUUUGCACUUUUGUUGAUGCAUUGUGUAUACUUGAAGGAACAAGUGGAAGAAGAUAUGAAACAAGGUCCAGAGGAUGUGAAAAAGAAGUGGUGCUCUAGUGCUAAUAGCAUGAAGAGAAUGAGAAAACCAGAUGAGAAAAUCAUAUGGAAUGAGCAAGAAAAAAUUUGGUUUGUUGGUAUCAAAAGUGGGAAAGGAUUUAAUGUGGUCUUGAAGAAGAUAGGCAUUUUCCUCACUAUAUCUUUGGCUCUUUGUACUAUGUGGGCUAACCACAUCAUAGUUCACCCUUGA